UUCUUCUUCAGUGCAUGGAGUAAAUGUCUCUUAUUUGCAAGUGGCUCGUAUAGUUUAAUUUCUUGUUGCAAAGAAACGUUGAGUAAUGUUGUUGCUGAUAGAAAACAGUUGAACUGCGCAGAGAGUUCAGCUCAGUCGAAGCAAGAGCAAGGAGAGGGCAGAAAGCGUAGAGAUCGGUCUAGGUUUUAUUAUGCUCAAUUUGAUCAGUAUUUGCCAAUCUAACCGGUCGGACUCAUGGUGAAGAGAAAGAAGACGUCGCCUACUACCGAAGAGCACGAAAAUGGCAUGACACCGGGCUCCAGGGAGGGGAUCGGUGUCGAUGGGAGGAGGAAUCCGUCCAGAAAGCCCGAAGGUUGCGACGAGGAGGAGAGCGGAGAGCAGGCGAGCGAGGAGCGCAGUACAAAGGGAGACGACGGAGUGGAAAUUCUUAAUCCAUCAGCCACGGGUCUCAGCCCCGGUUCAGCUCCCGUCCUCCCAGCCUCUCCCCCGAACCGAACCGGGCUAAGCUCAACCCAGCAUCCCCAGACCUCUGCGGAGCCCGCCCCUCCGUGUCACGACCAGCAUCAUUUUCUCCGAUCAAGCGUUCGACCUCCGAGCAAACGGAUCCGGAAGGAUUCAAUCGGCUCCACCAUCAAUGGCCAUGGCGGGGCAAAAUCGAAAGGGGCAGAGAAUGGUUCUUCCUCCCAGGGGACAGUGGGACAGUCAGGGCCUGUGGCUGGCUCCACAGGGGGAAUGUCGAAGACCUCCAAGAGCCAGGGGUCUGCUGAGAAGGAGGAACAAGUUGGCAACCAGAAGAGGGCCCGGCGGCAGUGGGAGUCUUGGAGCGCAGAGGAUAAGAACAGCUUUUUUGAGGGGCUCUACGAGCAUGGGAAGGAUUUUGAGGCUAUCCAGAACAACAUUGCAAUGAAGUACAAGAAAAGAGGCAAGCCAGCCAACAUGGUGAAGAACAAGGAGCAGGUCCGCCACUUUUACUACCGGACCUGGCACAAGAUCUCCAAACACAUUGACUUUGCCAACGUUUACUCCAGGGUGCUGAAGAAAUCCUCUCAAGAACUGUAUGGUCUCAUCUGCUAUGCGGAACUGCGCAAAAAAGUUGGAGGAUUAAUGGAUGACAAGAAUGUGGCAAAGCUCAACGAACUCAUUCAGCAAGGGGCCACCACCGUACGCUCCAAAGGGAGGAACCUGCGAAUCAAAGCGCCCAUGUGCCGUGCACUGAAGAAACUUUGUGACCCAGAUGGAGUAAGUGAUGAGGAGGACCAGAAGCCGGUGCGUCUACCUUUGAAGGUGGCUGUAGAGCUCCAACCACGCAGUAACCACUCCUGGACCCGCGUUCAGAGCCUAGCCCACAACCCUCGUCUCAGGAUGGUGGUGGAGCUCCACAGGAAAGUGUCCAGCCUCAUCGAGUACCUGAAACAAAAGUGGACAUACCAUGACCAGCGGAUUCUUAAGAGUCUAAUGGAGAGGGAAGCUCUGGAGGGCGGCCAGUCCAGUUCAUUCUCUCCCAGCAAAUCCCAGCAGGAGGAGCUCUUUCUUUUUCCUGCUGAGAGCAGCACCUUGACCACACUGCCUGGUGUGGCACGUGUGGUCCACUCCAAGGCCUCAUGCACUGUACACUGGCUAGAGAGUGGCAAGAACCGGCCAAACGCCAAGGAACUGCCGGCUGCCCAGAUUCUGGGUAUUCACACGGCUCCAUCAUCUCGUACUGGCACCAAAUCUGGGCGCGGGGGCACCGCUGCUGCUGGGGCCGUUGGUGCUUCACUGACUGUACUGGGUGAUAGUCGUCGAACUGAGACCCUUAACCCCGAAUCUGCACAAGACAGUGCUGCAAAAGUGGAGGAAAAGAGACCUCAGUCUGUUUCUGUUCCUGCGUUGUCUCAGCAGACUGUGGCCCCUAGGGAUGAGGGAACUUGUAUGGGACCCUCUGAGGGGGCAAAGACCUGUACUGGAGUAGAGGCCAGUGUUGGUUUAGCAGUGACCAAAAGCGUGGAGAAGCUGUGUAGUGGUACAGAAAGCUCAUCGGAGCAGUGCAAAGAGGAGCAGAGCACCAGCACCUCCUCUCCAGAGGCCAACCAGACUCCUCCAGCCAAACACCCAGUGACUGGUUCAGAGGAGGGGAUGUCGCAGGGUUCUGCACCUGCAGCUAAAGAACGUGCCGUGGAACAGAUCAGAGAGGAAGGCUGGAGUGCACGAGACGCAGAGAAUGUCACCCUGGCUGAGCUCUACUUGAUGUUUGGGAAGCCUGGCAAACUGCAGCUGGAGUAUGAGUGGCAGCCCGUGCCAGUUGCUUCCAACAACCAAGAAAAUGGACAAGCCUCAGCCCAGCCAAAGCCCAACAGAACACAUCGUGUUCUGCGAUGCCUGCUCAAGCUGGUCGCCACAGAGGUCAAUCCUAAACCUCUGGCUCCAGAGCUGUGUUCCACGGCCACAUCACCGCUCAAGACCCAUCAGGAGGAGCAGAACCAGGCCCUCACACCUCCAGGGAAGGGGCCUAUCACAGGCGUUCGCAGCCCCAGUUGUGGCCGGCAGCAGGCUUCUGUCAGAGGAGCCAAGUUACACCUGCCAAGUGCUGGAGCAUCGGGUGGACGCAACCUCCCCCGCUCUUUGCUUGGGACAACUGCAGCUGCCGACUCAGAGGGCGGUGUAUUUGCAGUGCCCACCACGCUUCCCCCCAACAGCUCACGACACAACCGGAUGUUUUCCCCCAACAAGGAAGCUGAGCUGGCCCUGAGACAGCAGCUCGACUCUAUCAGUAUGCAGUCAGAUCUUUUCCUUUCUAGACAGAGAAAACCUCGAAACAGGCAACUUCGGAAACCGCUUGUAGUUCAGAGAACACUCCUACCCCGAACUACAGGAGAUACUCCUCAGCAUGUGUGCUCUUUCUCCAUCCUCUCCAACUCCUCUGCCACAGGAACUGGAUCCUUCCGGCCAAUCCACACACGCCUGGCUCCUUCCUCCCGCCCCGCCCUGUCCAAAGUUUCCCCUGCAGCGUCCAGCUCUGCAGCAGCCAGCCAGCUCUCCAGUGCCAUUGACCUGGCAGCUAAGUCUGCAGGUAUCAUCCCUGGAAGUCCCUGUCGGGAGCUGAACUCUCCCUCAGUUGACAACAGCACCCUGCUCACCACCACACCCAUUGUUGAUGCUGAACCAGACGCUCAGCUCCUCCAGCACAAUGUCCCUGAGAACGGUGUGCCUCCACCGUCUCCUGGGGUGACGAGUGGUGGGGACUCUCUCCUCUCUCCACCCAGCGUAGCAUCGCUCCUGGACAUCUCUCUCCCUGGCCCCCCUGAAGAGGCUCUCGCACCUGGAGAACCGCAGACACACAUCAGCGACUCCAUCAUCGAGCUCGCCAUCAAUUCUGGCCACUACGGUGAAGAGGCUGCUCUCUCUCCAGCCAAACUGAGUAACAACGACAGCUCCAAACUGUUGGCCUCGUCUCCUUCAGUCAGCCCGUCCAGAGGCUGGAUCCCAUCGCCCAGCCACGACCCCCAGUGGUACCCCAGCGACUCAUCUGACUCCACGUUGGGAUGCCUCCUCUCCAGCAUGGUCUCUCCUGAUAAGGGCAGGCGGACCACCCUAACACCCUCCGGCCCCUCCAGUGGCACAGCUUUGCUUGGUCCCAGUCUCCUGGACUGCAACUCCCAUGAUUCCUUUCAGUCCCGUGGCCUUCCUGAUGUGGCAGAAAUGGACUCCCAGCUUGCCUGCAUGAUGAGUGAGAGCAGCGUGGACUACAUCGCUCGCUUCAACGACCUUGCUCAGGAGCUGGCUGUGACUGAACCCUCCAUUCCACCGCCCUGAGGAGUAGAGCCUCAGCCACCUUGCUGCCACCUGGAGGAGGGGUUUCUCCUCUCUGUCUAGACUGUUGUCACACCGUCUCUUCUACUUUGGAGAACAGAUGUCUGUGGAGAAAGACCACCCCCCUUAAAGCCAUCCCUGCCCUGUUUGUAAAAGUGCAAUAAUAAUGGUGAACCUUGACCAUUGUUCAAAGCAAGUUUGAAACGAGUUGCUUCGCUGAACCAUUGUUUAAGGUGAAAUGCCCUUUAAAAAACACUUUAGAAAAUCAAAUGCGUUUACAAAACACAACCUCAUGUACAGGAAAAUACUAUGCCAUAUCUGAACAAAAUAUUUUCACUGAUCUUUUAUGUCUCUUCCUGCUCUUUGUGUGUGUGUGCGCGCGCGUGCGUGUGUGUGUGUGAUGUCUAGUCUGUCAGAUGAAGCCCCAAAAUGUGUAAAUCCGCCAAAAUGUGCAGUUCAGAUCCCAGCUGGGGGCAAAAAGCCGCUGGAGGAUGCUUUUGUUUAACUUAUGUCAGUAAGAACGAGGAUGGUGAGACACUUGUCAGUUACUGUUGCAGCAGUGGAGCUCAACACAGCAGGGCGGGUAGAAGUAAAAUCAUUUCAUACUGCCCUCCUUUUCACAUGCUCUUGAACUGUUCAGGUUUUAUUGGUUGCAGUUUAGGAACACAGCCUGCCUCGUGUGUUUGUAAUCAGGUUCGUCACGUUUUAAGGUCACAUGCUAAAUGGCAGCUUUUUGUCAGUCGACUACGUUUGGUAGUAGCUCUACAGAUGUGCAGCUACUAGCCUUGAAUUGUAUGCUGAAAUCAUAUAGGAGUUCAGUGUCCAUCGCCAGUUGCUUCUUGCUGUUCUCAUCACUUUCAGUGCAUGCCGAGGAUAAAAAAAAAAAGGCAAUGUUCUUCCUCACUUGCUGUUUCUCAGUUACAUCCCCAAAUCAUUCAUUUUAGUUUGGUUUUUAAUAAACAUGUCACAGUGGUUGUUUCCUUCAGAGACUAGGACAAAUAACAUUGUUCAUUUAUGUUCCUCAUCUUACACUUCGAAGAAGCAAGUCAAGCUGUUUCCUUAAGUCAAGGACUGAACGGAGACACCCGUAUCCCAUGAUGUGACCAACUACAUAUGGAUUUUUCGUUGACAGACAAAAUGUUAAAAUUGUUCAAAAUUUCCCAGUAGUGUUUCACUCUGUUUAAACUCCACAGAAGCGAGCAGUCAGAAGUUAUGAAAUCAAACACUAAAGCCAUAGUUGACACUCCUUAUUUAAUUUAUUAUUUUUUUUCUUUUUGUUGUGCAGUCUCUCUUUAAUUCAUAAAGCUUCUGAUCGGUUGUGCUCAAAACAUUAAUACCCCGCUGACUAGUACUGAUACUGGAUGCUAACAAAACACUAUGGCUAAUGUCAACAUGUUUUUGGCUUGUUAGCAUUACAAUGUACUGUUGCAUUUGUUCUCCGAGUUUCAAUUUACCAGCACCAUCAAAAUGCAGUAUUGUGAACAUUUAGUCUCACUUACAUGUUUAUCUUCAUCUCUGAGUGUAAAUUGUAAGAGAGCUCUUGUUAUUAUUGCAGAAAUGGGAAUGUUAGUCUCGUUUAAAGCACCUUGAGGGCUUUGAAUCUACAGUGUUAAAGCUCUUGCUAUGUUUCCUCAUUUGUGACAGACACCUGAAAAAGACUUAAUCUUCUCACUCUCGAUGAAAAAAAACCACGAGGAUGAUUCUUACAUAAUAAACAGCAGGUUUAGUCUUUGAAUCUGGCAUGUUUUUAUUCUUUUGGUGUACAAAUUUAAAUUCCAGUAUUCACUGCGUUUUUGUAACAUAAUGUAAAUUGUUAUUUGGACUAUUUAUUGUUAACAUUUCGGAAAAAGGUGUUUGUUUAACUUAAUAUUAAGAUGACAUCUAAAAAGGAAAAACCUGUUUAAAGUUUUCAGUUUGUAAAAGGUGUUUUUAUUCUGUGUAUAAAGAUAGUUUAAAAAAAACUGCCUGUUUUCUGUGUAUGUACUUUGGGGAGAAUCUGUUCCGAUGAACAUUUUUACAGUGUUACU